AUGACUCCCCCGCCCACCAGCAGCACCAGCAGUUCGCUCUCCCCGCAAGACGCCCUCGGCCUGCGCACCGCCCUCGCCGCCGCGCGCAAGUCGUACGCCGAGGGCGGCGUGCCCAUCGGUGCGUCGCUCGUGCUCCCGCACCCACCGGGUGAGCCGAGCGGUGCGCCCGUCGUGCUCGGCCAGGGCCAUAACUCACGCGUGCAGCUCGACUCCCCCAUUUUGCAUGGAGAGACGGCGGCGCUGCUCGACGCGGGGCGGUUAAAGGCAGAGGUAUAUCGCCAGGCGACGAUGUAUACGACGCUCUCGCCUUGUUCAAUGUGCUCCGGUGCGAUCCUGUUGUACAAGAUCCCUCGGCUCGUAAUCGGUGAGCACCACAACUUCGUCGGAGACGAGGAGCUCCUCCGGUCGCGCGGCGUCGACGUCGUCGUGCUGGACGACCCGGAGUGCAUCGACCUUAUGGAGAGGUUCAUCAGGGAGAAGCCGGAGGAGUGGUAUGAGGACAUUGGGGAAGUCCCGCCGGCGCAACAGUAG